GAUAGACAAAAGAUGCUUUGCUUUCUGUCGUUUGGACCAGGACUACACCAAGGACUUUUCUGGACCAGACAAUUGAAUCCGACCAUAACUGCAUACGAGUUUACUAACGACAACGAUGGAUUUACACCGAUCGACGCAUUUAUUGGGAUAGUGAGGGACUACGAGCAUCAGUAGAUUUGGGUUGUAAUUGUCUUACAUAUUGCUAUAUAAAUUAGAGUUUAUCAUGAUGUCAGGCGUAUCAAUCUUGGCAUUUGUGAUGAUAUCUAUUCUAUCUCAUGGAUAUUAUGUCGGAGCAAGGGUCGAGUCUGCGAGGGAUGAGGUACAUUUUGAGUCCGUAAAUCUGAACGUGGACCUCUCUCGAGUACUCAAGAAAGGGAAUGGACGUUUUUUGUCUGUGGCCAUAGACGCGAGUCUAGUCGCUGAGGAGAAGUUCAUGUACCUUUUAACGUGAGUAAGGCAAGCAUUACUAUUUUGAGCCAGUGGUGUGAAGUACUCAAGUAAAAAUACUUUAAAGUACUACUUAAGUAGUUUUGGGGGGUAUCUGUACUUUACUUUACUAUUUAUAUUUGUGACAACUUUUACUCUACUACAUUCCUAAAGAAAAUAAUGUACUUUUUACCCCAUACAUUUUCCCUGACACCCAAAAGUACUCGUUACAUUUCGAAUUUUUAGCAGGACAGGAAAAUGGUCCAACUCACGCACUUAUAAAGAGAACAUCCCUGGUCAGCCCUAAUGCCUCUGAUCUGGCGGACUCACUAAACACAAAUACUUCGUUUGUAAAUUAUGUCUGAGUGUUGGAGUCUGGCCCUGGCUAUCCGUAAAUAAAAAAAAAACAAGAAAAUCGUGCUGUCUGUUUUGCAUAAUAUAAAAAUGUGAAAUUAUUUAUACUUUUACUUUUGAUACGUAAGUAUAUUUGAUCAAUUACAUUUACUUUUGAUACAUAAGUAUAUUUAGAACCAAAUACAUUAAAACUUUUACUCAAGUAGUAUUUUGCUGGGUGACUUUCAUUUUCUAUCAUGGGAUCUUUCCUUUUACUCAAGUAUGACAAUUCGGUACUUUUUCCACCACUGUUUUUGGGACAAUUGAAAUGUAUGUGUGUUUUAUAAAAUGAUUACAUCAGUAAAAAAAAAAAAAGACCACAAUAUUAGAAUCAGCCAGGGUCUUAUUUUCAAUGUUACUCUCUCUCUAAGUUGUUUCUAUCUUUAGCAUAACAGAGAAACAGUUCAGAGACCAGCGCUACUUAAUCUUAUGAAACUCCAUAAAUACUGAACUAAACCUUCUUUCAUUCCACCAGGUCUCCAAAGCUGAGGACAUUGGCAAAAGCUUUGACCCCAGCAUUUCUGAGAUUUGGAGGGACAAGACAAGAUUUCAUGACCUUCAACCCUACAUUUAUACAUUCAAAUGAGAAUCACAAAAACUAUGUGUUUGAUGCAGGUAAAUAUGACAUACAUUGUGACUCAUCUGAACUGUGUGUCACAUUACACCACAGACAUUGUCAGGCAUAAUGACAUAUCUCAUGAAUUGCAAUAGCAGCUCUUAUGAUGUGUGUAUGUGUGGUUUGACUGUGGUCACUUGACUUCUCAGCAUGAUUCCUGUUUGGCAUGAGAGAUAGAACAGUAUGUUGAUUCACACAGAGUCAGCUUGAAUGCACACAGUAAACCAGGCAGAUCUCAAACAAUGUCAUUAGUUUGAGGUAGCUCUUAGGUCAUCAGCUUCUGAGUGACUCACAACCACUUGGUUUCUGGUUCCUGUUUUGCUAAUCAGAUGACAUCUGUGAAAGGCUGGAGCUGCCUCCACUACUGGAAAAGAGACUGAAGCAGGAAUGGACUCUACAGGAAAUACUUCUUGACAAGGAGGACUUGCAGAGGAAGUAUAGGAGUGUAAAGUUCACAGGUAUGAACAAUGGUCAUGCAGGCAGCAUCAGUCUAGCUCACAACACACUGGCUCUUUUGUUUAGCUGUUAUCUUGGAACAGCUUUUAGUCAUUUAGCAGACGCUCUUAUCCAGAGCAACUUACAGUUUAGUGAGUGCAUACAUUUCUUUUGUCAUACUGGCCCCCCGUGGGAAUCGAACCCACAACCCUGGCGUUACAAACGCCAUGCUCUACCAACUGAGCUACACGGGACCAUUUCACUUGAGCAAAUUCUCUGAAAGAAGAAAACAACAUUUAAAAUGUGUGUUUUUACCCUGACAGAGUAUGCAGUGGAUUUGCUCUACUCUUUUACAAACUGCUCUGGAUUAGACCUCAUCUUCGGGCUCAAUGAGCUGCUCAGGACCUCUGAGAACUCUUGGGACAGCAGCAAUGCCAGGACCCUCCUACAGUACUGUGAAUCUAAACAGUACAGCAUGUCCUGGGAGCUGGGCAAUGGUAAUAAUUUUGAGGCCCACAUGUAUUUACAGUGUUAUACUAACUAAACCAUCUUUCAUUGUGUUAAUGACUGAAACUGGGAAUUCUCAACUAAAUGAUUUAGGUAUUGUAAGGUUGGUAGAAAAAUAUCCUGUCUCCCUUUAGAGCCCAACAGCUAUGAGAAGAAGGCAGGGAUCAGGGUGGAUGGAUACCAGCUCGGCCAGGAUUUUGUUCAACUCCGCAAGAUUCUGCAGGAAUCCAAACUUUACCAUAACACUGGACUCUAUGGACCAGACAUUAGCCAGCCCCGGGACCACCGGAGAGACUUACUGGAGGGGUGAGAGUUUGUCCCUUUAUGUAGCCUAUACAUAAAGUAGUCCCAAUAUAGUCCUAUUGGACAGGCUGUUGUACUAACUAAAGUAAUAGUAUUACUGCAUACCUUUCUAUAUUCAAGGUUAAAUAUCACUUCCACUGUAGUGGGAGACUAACCUCUGGUUUGUCCAGUUCAUGGGUGUUUUCUGUCAUUUCACAGCCGUAUUAUACAAUAAGCCAGAGUUUAUUACUGCUUCUCUCCUUUAUAUCCACCUGCUGUAUGUCUAUACCCAAGUAAGGCUGUGGUUCAAACCUUAAAGGGAUACUUUGGGAUUUUGACAGUGAGUUCAUCUGACUGGAGAAGAAGAUAAAGGGCCUCAUUGCCAAAAUCCCAAAGUAUCCCUUUAACUGUUAAUCGUUACACCAACUCAUUCAUCUCUUAUCUAAAAGGCAAAAAGUAUACCAAACAUAUCCUGGCUCUUUUCCCUAUUGGGAAACGGCUUUAUUUUUACAGUGUAUGGGACAAACUCUCAUCCCUCAAGUGUCUCCGGUGGUCUCAGGGCAGGUUAAUAUCAGAUCAAUAGAUUCUUCUUACAUAACUAUCAAUCAUGUGGGAUAUGUUGAACAAUCAUAUCCCAUUUACUUUUUAUAGGUUCUUGGAGAGUGGGGCAGAAGCAAUUGAUGCAUGCACCUGGCACCAGUAAGUUGAACUGUCCCUCGUGUAGCACACAAUGAUAAGGUCAGAUGUCACGUGUUGCUGCCUUUGACUUUGACACACACACACAAACACUGAACAAACACAGGAAUAGUUUAUGAGCGUGCCUGUGACGUUGGGAACGUGGGUUUGCCACAAGGGGAAAGAGGAACUCAACAGAACUGUUUGUAAAGGCUUGCACUGACCAGACUUCACAUCCCACUGGGAAGUUCAACGUCUAGUUUUGAUUUACAUUUGGUUGAGUUGUCAACUAACGUGAAUUCAACGUGAAAUCUAGUCAACAAAACAUUUCACAUGUCAUCGAAUUUAGGUUAAAAGUUGCAUUAAAAAAAGACAAAAUGCCCUUAUGUUGAUAACUUAAAAAAAUUCAAUCAGUUUUCCAUGUUGAUUCAAUGUCAUCACAUUGGGUUUUUUGGGUUGAAAUUAUGUGGAAACAACGUUAAUUCAACCAGUUUCAUUUCCCAGUUGGGUGAGUGUGUCAGAUGAGAGAUAUGGUCUACAGACCAUAUAAUCUGAAAAUGUGAUUUUAUUCAUACUGAUUCUGUUAUGUUUGAUAUGAAGACUAAACUCAUCCUUGAUUACUCUGCCCUUCUAUUAGUUAUUACGUCAAUGGAAGAGACACGUCUCUAGAAGAUUUCCUAGACCCUGAGGUGCUAAACACUUUGGCCCUAAAAACACAUGAAGUCAUGGAGGUAAGGAAGAAUAAAUAAACAAAUGUACAUGUUUAUAGAUGUACUAUACAUUUAUUGUAGUUCAGUAAGGAAGUGAAAUGGUUCUUCUGUGUCGCGUGUCCUCAGACCAUUGAGCUGGCGUCCCCUGGGAAGAAGGUGUGGCUUGGAGAGACUAGUUCUGCCUAUGGAGGCGGGGCUAAGGGCCUGUCUGACACAUUUGUCGCUGGAUUCAUGUGAGUGUGUGUGUAUGCUUGUGUUUGUCAGGAUAGAUAGAUAGAUAAACCCAGUCAGUAUCACACCCUGAUACCAUGUGAUAAUUUUAGUCUGAAUUACUCUGGAGGUUGUAACAGGCAGCCUAGUCUCGCUUGCCAGACUCAUGGUGCUCCACUGUGGGAAGAGAGACUACAUACCUGCAGCCUCAUUACGCUGGCAGUAGUUGAGUCAAUUGUGUCAUUAGUCUACGGUCAUGGAAGGGAAUCUCUGCUAUUCCGGAACAUGUGGUUUUCAUUGAAUUUACAGGUCACCUGUGAGCCUCAUGAUCAGUCUUUCAACCAUGCCCUCUUCCAGGAAGACUUACAAUAGUAGUCUCACAUGCAAAAAAAAUGAAAGGAAUGCCACAAAAAUGCAUGGGUCCCAUGAUGUAUCCAACAUUGACUUAAUCAAGUGUGAGGGCAGUAGGUUUUUACGUAGGAUUACAUAUUUCAUUCUCAUUGAAUAAAGUUGGUUGUAUCUAGAUCAGAUUAUAUGUGUCAGAAUCUCUUUGCAAAUAAAAACUUCUGAAUGUAUUAAAGUACUGUAUGUGGUGUAAAAUAAAUGUUUAAUGAUUACAGGUGGCUGGAUAAACUGGGCCUGGGUGCGAAGCUUGGAUUGGAUGUUGUCAUCAGGCAGGUUUUGAUUGGAUCUGGGACUUACCACCUGGUAGAUGAUAACCUGGAUCCACUUCCUGUAAGAAAUAUUCCUGUUUAUUCUCCUCUGUAUUCUGAAUUCCUGAAAAAACACCAAUGAUCCAAGUAUUUGUUGAUUGUGACAAUAGUUUGUCUAUUCUAUGAAUUUUCCCAUUUCUAUAUAGUCGGGUCCAUAAUUAUUGGCACCCUUGAUAAAGAUGAGCAAAAAAGACUGUAUGAAAUAAAUAAUAAAAAUACUGACCUAUAUUGUAUGCUCAAUUUAGUGAAUAUUAUUCUCAGAGAAAGAGAUUUUGUUUAACAAGUCAUUUAAAAAAUCUAUAAAAAAAGAUAGGAGUAUGAAAAUGUAUGCACUCACUAACUGUAAGUCGCUCUGGAUAAGAGCGUCUGCUAAAUGUCUAAAAUGUAAAAUAAGUCAAAAUUAUUGGCACCCCUGUUUUUAAUAUUCUGGCACUCUCCCCUUGCGAGGAUAGCGGCACUGAGCCUUUUUCUAAAAUGAGAUUGGAGAACACAUUGGGAGGGAUCUUAGACCAUUCUUCCAUACACAAUUUUUCCAGAUCCUUGAUAUCCUUCGUCUGCGCUUAUGGACUGCCCUCUUCAAUUCAAACCACAGGUUUUCAAUGGGGUUCAAGUCCGGAGACUAAGAAGGCCAUUGCAAAAUGUUGAUAGUCUUUUUUGCUCAUCAUUAUCAAAGGUGCCAAUCAUUUUGGACCUGACCGUAUAAUAAUUUAUCUGGUUUAUGGUUGUAUUACUGGCAGGAUUACUGGCUAUCUGUUCUGUACAAGAGGCUUGUUGGACCAGAGGUGCUGAGUAUAGAAGCAUUUUCCAUUUUGGGAAAGAUGAAAAGAGUACGGGUCUACCUGCACUGCACUAACAAGAAAAGGUAUUCCACAAUCCAGCUGUAUUUAAGAUGAAACAACAACCUGUGUUUGUGAAUGAGACAGAUGUGAGACAACCAUCCUGACUGUUCCUCAAUGUUCUCUCUUCUCCAGCACAAGCUACAAAAGUGGAGCAGUCACAUUGUUUGCUCUGAACCUGAGUAAGAUACCUGCGAGGAUCGCUGUGCCUGCUAUAGUCUCUAACAGCACUGCAGAGGCCUUUGUUCUACAGUCUGAACAGCCUGGCGAGGAGGGACUCUACUCCAAGUAG